AUGUUGAACCAGUCAGACUUUCAGUUCCUGGCAUUCCCAUUCCUGCUGUGGCAGCGCAGCCUGAUCGCUCUGCCGCUAGUCUUAGUCUUAGGACUUGUGAUAGUGGCAAAUGGCUGUCUGCUGCUGGUUGUCAUCCACGUGGAGGCUUUGUGGAGUCCCAUGUACAUCCUGGUGGGGGCGCUGUGUCUGGUGGACAUGCUCUCUUCUCUGGUCAUCGUCCCAAAUGCUCUUCUAGUCCUGCUAAACCCCACCCACAGCAUCUCAUUGGCCGAGUGUCUGACGCAGAUGUUCCUGACACACUUCCUGUCGUCACUGGAGUCUACACUUCUCCUCGCCAUGGCACUGGAUCGCUACAUGGCCAUCUGCCACCCACUCAAGUACAGACAGCUGGUGGGCCGCUCGUUCUUCCUGACCCUCUUCCUCUUCACUCUGGUUCGGAGUGGUUCUGUCAUGGCGGUCCUGGUGGCGUUGGCUGGCUCUCUGGACUUCUGUGGCGGUCGCGUCAUCGAGCACCUGUACUGCGACCACAUGGCGCUGGUACGGUUGGGCUGUGGCGACACAGGGGCCAGUCGAGGGGCAGGUGUGGCCGUGAUCGUGUGCUUCGUGGGUCUGGACAUCCCCAUUAUCCUUCUGUCGUACCUGCAGAUCUUGGUGGUGGUGCAUCGUGCGAGGGAGGACAGGUGGAAGGCUCUGCACACCUGUGGUACUCACCUGAUAGUUCUCUUGGUGUUUUACCUGGUGGGCACGGUCGCGUUCCUUUCCCACACUCUACAGCUGAGCCUCUCCGCGGACCUGAACACUCUCAUGGGUCUGGUUUAUAUCCUGCUGCCCGCUGCGGUUAACCCGAUCAUCUACGGCGUCCGCACCGCCGAGAUCCAACAAGGGUUCAACCAGGUCUUUGGUCGGGUUUAUGGGGUCUGGACCAGAACUCAAAGGAUCUCAAGCAUCAAAUUAAUGAUGGCGCUAAAUCACUCUAGUGUAGUAUCUGAUUGGCUGACGCUGCACAUCAAAUGCCAAAAGUUCAGCUUUUUCAACUCUGGCGUCUGUCACUUUGGACACCGCAAAAACGCAGGGCGGCCCAGACCUACGUCCACCAUAGACUUUGCAUGUAAACCCAACGCCCCUGACGCCCCAGUGUGA